AUGAGAAUAUUUCCACACGUGCCCCGAACCUCAUGGUGGUAUGUGGUGAAAUAUUCAAGUAUUGCCAUUCUCGUCGUGUUAUGUAUGAUUUUAUUCAAGAAGAAUGAACCAACAACAAACAACAACAAUCAGACAAUGAACACCACACUGAGCGAUGAAUAUCACUCGUCAUGGAGUACUUCUCUGCUAUUAUUUGGUUGGACAUGGUCGUCAAAGACCAUACCUAUUGACCCCACUCCUCCUCCUCAACAACAACAACCUUUGAAUAUUCGAAAAUACGUAUCGACGACACGUUCAACUAGUAGUCAUCAUCUUCUUCGUCUUGGUCAUCAUCAUGAUCGAAAUGCUAGUCCUCACAAUCUUUAUCAUUCUACUACAACUCUCACAAAUACUACUACUCCUCUCAUAACACCCUCUCAUCCUCUCAAUUUUCAAACAUCAUCUCCAUUGGUUGGUGAUGACGAUGGUAAUACUAAAAUUUGUCAUAAAAUUGCAAAUUAUGAACUCGAUCAAUGUGAAUUUGUUCAAGAAAAUUGUCCAAAUCCAAUGGGUGGUGGUAUGAUUAAUUAUUUAAAUAUAAGAUAUUGUGGAUUGAAAAAUGUAUCAUGGUUAUUCUUUGUAUUGAGUAUUUGUUGGAUAUUGGUAUUAUUUUUCAUGUUAUCAAAUACUGCUGAAGUGAAUUUCUGUCCUGCACUUACAGAAAUUUGUAGAAUUUUGAGAUUAUCACCUGAUGUUGCAGGUGUAACAUUUUUGAGUUUAGGAAAUGGUGCUCCUGAUAUUUCGAGUAUUAUUGCUGGCGUGUUUUCUGGAUCAACAGGUUUUGGAGUUGGUGAACCUAUUGGUGCUGGAGUAUUUGUUACAUCCAUGGUCAUGUCAGCUGUGAGUCUAUUCUCUAAUGCCAAAGUCAUUCCAUUUCCAUUUUUGAGAGAUUCUAUUGCCUAUUUAAUUAGUGUUUCCUAUGUCAUGUUUAUGGUUAUUUUUAAUGGUUCUAUUAAUUUAUGGCAAAGUAUUGUUUGUCUAUUAAUUUAUGGAAGUUAUGUCUCUUUUGUAAUUUUAUCAAGAACAUUGAUUACAUGUUAUCAAAGAUAUAAAAGGAAGAAUAAGAAUAUUGGAGUUAUUAAUGACGAUGAAUAUGAUUCAGAUGAAGUACAAGAUGGUGGGGAUGGAUGGAAGAUUGGUAAAGCACCUAAUUUUGAAAUGCAAAUUAACAAGAUAUCUGAUUUGAAUGAGUUUGUGAAAAAAGAAAUUAUUGAAGAACAAAAACAUAACUUUUUUGGAACUGUAUUUUAUCCAAAAGUAGGAAUGGUACAUGUACACAAAAAACAUCAUCACACCACAACGAGUGAGACGUUUACAUCUCCAAGAUUUGAUCAAGAUGAAAUUCCAUCGAAUAGCUCUGUAUUGGCUAAAACGAUUCCAAAAAAAGAAAAAAUUACAAUAGAUACAUCCAUACCAUCCAAUAGUACACUAUUAUCCAAUCAAAUUUUAAAUGUGGGUACUAGUAGUAGUAGUAGUAGCAGCAAUAGUACCAACACUACGAAUCGUUCUGCUAAAAGAACAAUUGAAUUUACUGGAUCUCUCAUCAUCAAUGAACAUUUUGCAACAAAUCAUAAUACAACGAGUACAACAGAACCACAUGAAGAAACAUCACUACUCUCGAAUGAUUCUCGAAAAUGGAAGGCCACUUCGCUCUAUUUGACACUACAAACCAAAUUCAAAGAUUUUCUGGAAUACUUUUUAGAUUGGAUUGAAUGGGAAGAAAAAUCUUUAUUUUCAAAAAUAUUUUUUGUUCUUUUCGAAGGAUGGACAUUAUUGAUUAGAAAUUUAACCAUUCCAAAAGCAGAUCCAGAAGAUUGGAGUAAAUUCUUUGCAUGUGUUUCAAUGAUAUUCAUGCCACCAUUUGCAGUAUUUGCAACAGGAUAUGUUACAUUGACACUUCCAAAUUCAUCAUUUCCAGUUUGGGCACUCACUCUUUUGAUUGGAUGUGUCUUUUCAUUGAUUGUAUUUUUCACUUCUCGACGAGGAAAACCACCAAGAUAUCAUUUUAUAUUUGUAUUUUUAGCAUUUAUCAUGUCUAUUUUAUGGAUUUAUAUCAUUGCUAAUGAAAUGGUUGAUUUAUUAACUUCAUUGGGUGUCAUUCUUCAAGUGAGUGAUGCUAUUCUAUCGAUUACUGUAUUGAGUUGGGGAAAUUCAUUGAGUGAUCUUGUUGCUGAUGUUCUUAUUGCAAGACAAGGAUUUGUUGAGAUGGCAUUGGGUGGAAUUUACGGUGGACCAUUAUUGAAUUUACUGAUUGGACUUGGUAUUGCAGCUACCUCUUCGAAUAUUUUGAAUGGAACGCCAUUUGUAUUUGAAAAGAAUACUACUGUGUAUGCAUCCUUUUUCUUUUUGAUUGCAUCCCUCUCGAGUGCUCUCAUUGUAGUUCCAUUAUGUCGAUGGCACUCUCCCAAAAUAUUUGGACUCUUUCUUGGAUCUCUCUACUUGUCUUAUAUGAUAUUUAGUGCAUUGGUGGAAAUGAAAAUUAUAUUUCAUAAUCGUUAA